AUGGUAGACCUUGGGAAGAAGUUGAAGUUCCCUGAGGAAGUGACCCACACAUCUCUCCAGCGAGACGUAGUUAUGUGGUCCAGGUCUCCGAAGUUAGUGGUAUUGGUAAAACUAACUGUCCCUUGGGAGGAGAGAGCAGACGAGGCGUAUGAGCUCAGGGAGGGGAAAUACCAAGAUUUGGCUGACACCUGUAGAGAUAGAGGUUGGAAAACAUGGGUCUUCCCAGUAGAGGUUGGAUGUAGGGGCUUCCUAUCACAGUCAGUGUGGAGAAUGUUGGGAGCUGUUGGCAUUAAAGGUUCCAAGAGCCCGAAAGACCGAAUCGGAGAUGGCAGUAUGAUUGUUCCAGAAGCUAUUACAGAAAAGAACUGUGUUGAAGAGAUCGUAUCGUCAUGCCUCCACAGACUGACAGAAAGCUUCUACAGAAACAGAAUUUAA